AUGGGCAUAUCCAGAGGGAAGCAAGAGAACUGCUCCCCCUCCUCUGCCAAAGUAGAAAAAAAAGGGAAAUUUUUAGCAUUAGAUUUAGGAGGCACAAAUUUUAGAGUUAUUUUGUUGGAACUUGAUUCUUCAUUAGAAUUAAACUGUCAAGUUAAGUAUUAUACAGUUCCAGAAAGUUUACGCCUUGGAGAAGGUGAAUUGCUAUUUGAUUUCUUGGCUGAAUGUAUUGAAAGUUUUCUAAAAGAUAAUAACUUGCUUGGUCAAAAACUUCCCUUAGGAUUUUGUUUUUCAUUUCCUAUGGACCAAACUGGUAUAGAUGAGGGUAUUCUAGUUACAUGGACAAAAAGUUUUAACUGCCCAAAUGUUGUUGGGCAUGAAGUUGUUAAAAUAUUGAAAAAUGCAUUGGAAAAAAGAAAGGAUGUUGCUAUUGAUGUUGUUGCCAUUAUAAAUGACACUACUGGUACUAUGAUGAUGGGUUCAUAUCUUGAUAAAAGAAGUGCUAUUGGAUUAAUUUUAGGUACUGGCUGUAAUGCUUCAUACUUUGAAAAAGUUGAAAGAAUCCAUAAAUGGGAAGGCAAACAUGAAGGCAUAACAGAGGUUAUCAUUGAUAUUGAGUGGGGAGCAUUUGGUGACAAUGGAAUCUUAGAUUUUAUGAAAACAGAAGUUGACAAAAUUGUUGAUGAAAACUCCUUGAUUGUUAACAGCUUUACGUUUGAAAAACUUUUUUCUGGGAAAUAUAUUGGUGAAAUCGUAAAACAAAUUCUUCUGCAGCUGAUAGAUAAAAAUGUUUUAUUUCAUGAAGUAAAACUUAAACCUCAAAAUUGGACAUUUACUGCAGCAGACGUGUCCCAUUCAUUAGAAGGAAAAGAUCUAGAAAAAAUUUCAGAUAUUCUUAAAAGCAAAGGAUUUUUGGAAACAACACUAGAUGAUGCAGAAAUAGUCUAUUAUGUUUGUUCAGUGGUGUCUGUGAGAGGAUCGCUUAUUGUUUCAAUAUGUCUUUCAAGUCUCUUGCGAAGGAUGGAUAAGAAAGAUGUAACUAUUGCUGUAGAUGGCUCUUUAUUUAAAUUACAUCCAAAGUAUAAACAUUACAUGGAGAAAUUUAUUGCUGAGCUUGCACCUAAUCACAAAUUUCAGCUCAUACUUGCAGAAGAUGGAAGUGGAAAAGGUGCUGGUCUAGUUGCAGCUGUUGUAACUUCUUUGGAUAGAUCAAAACUUCAUGCAUAGUAGAUUUAAUAGCAAUAUAAUGAAGGAUUUCUUACACCUUCCUAUAGUUUUCAUCCUCCUGUAAUAAUUUUAUGCUUUCCUUUGAGUUUGUUAUGUGUAAUAACUUUUGAAUUAUUUUUUCUCAUAUAUAUUAGAUAUAACUCUAAAAUCAAAAACAUAUUACAUCAAUCUCAAAUGCUGGUAUAACCCUCGAGUUUCUGUUUAUUUCAUGUUGUCAAAGAAAUAGGUUUACAUGACAAUAAUCUGAUUAAAACUCUUUGA